UGCUUUUGAUUUGCAGCUAGUGCUGAGUACCGGGAGUGGCGUCAACGGUUUCACACUCGAUCCAUCUCUCGGCGAGUUCAUACUAACCCAUCCCAAUAUCAAGGUACCAAAAAGGGGAAAGAUUUAUUCAGUAAAUGAAGGAAAUGCCAUGAAUUGGGAUGAGCCAACUACAAAGUUUGUGGAAAAAUGCAAUUUCCCUGCAGAUGGUUCACCCCCAAGGUCCCUUAGGUACAUUGGAAGCGUGGUUGCAGAUGUGCACCGGACACUGCUUUACGGCGGUAUCUUCUUAUACCCUGCAGAUAAGAAAAGUCCAAACGGAAAGCUUCGUCUUCUUUACGAAGUCUUCCCAAUGUCAUACCUGAUGGAGCAGGCUGGAGGUCAAGCUUUCACUGGAAAACAAAGGGCACUUGAUUUAGUCCCAGGGAAGAUACAUGAGCGAUCUCCUGUUUUCCUUGGCAGCUAUGAUGAUGUUGAAUAGAUUAAAGCACUCUACGCUGUUUCAAAUUAAGAUGAACAAGAAGAAAGAAAACAAUUGCAUAAACUUGUAG